AGUAGUCCCACAAAUCUGAAAGUUGCUCUUCUGCAGGUUCCACCAGGGACUUACUAUCUUGGAUUCUUCAAUGGCCUUGGACUUGCAAGAAACCAAGCCAAAUCGACCAAGAAAGGUCUAGGAUUCAGUUUCAGUGCCAAUGUUACAGCACACGGCUGCAAACAGGCUUCAGGUUACCGAGGAGAAAGCUGCAACUUUAGAGUGGAUCAUCUUUCUUCUGCUGCUGCAGCUUCCUGCCAUAACUCAACAGAACCAAAGUUCUAUUCUUUGAAUGUUGUUCAAGUUGCACAACAGUUGAAGUUAGGAUUCAAGUCCCCAAAUAAUAGCACUGGUAGAAAUCACCAAAUAAUGUGUUAUGCUCGACUGAAUGCACUGCCGGGCAAUGAUAAUGAGUCCCAUGAUUACUCUGUGGAGAUCAGCAAAGAGCCUCUGCUGAUCUUGUUGCCAAAUAUGGGAACAUGGUACUUCAAGCUCCAGCCUUUGAGACGAUACCAAGAAGAAGAAUCACAGCCGGUUUGCUAUUCAAUGGAUUGGCAAGUGAAAGUAUGCAGCAAUGGAAUGGCAGGGCCAAACUGUUCCUCGAGAACUCAAGUUCUAAAGGGAGUUCAUUUUGGUCUUAGAACUAUGCCCUAUGUUUACUUGCCUGACGUUACAAAAAGCAAGACUAUAAAGGUUCAUCCUGCAAAUUCCACUUCAACAGCAACCAAAAGUUCAGAUUCUGCCUGGACCUAUUACUUCUUCAACACUUCAAAGGGUACAUCAGGGAAGAACAUGUACAUUCGAGUCGAGCCAAGGUCGAGAAUCGAAUUUGACCUGUAUGUCAGAUACUCAGGCUUGCCAUCUGUUGAUCUGUGGGACUACUGCUACAGAAACCAUAAGGCCGAGGGCAAGAACAACAGCAUAAUGUUUAAGGUGUAUGAAGCAGCAAAUGAAGGCGGAAUCAGUUUCUACCUUUUGUAUCCCAAAGAAGGGGAUUGGAUUGUUGGUUUGAGGCACAAACAUGUGAGGAGCAACAACUAUUCUGAUUAUGAUCAAACUUCUGAAGUGUUUGUUUCAAUCGAAAGCUGCCCGAAUCAAUGCUCGGGGUAUGGGACCUGCUUGGACCAAAUGGAUGCAAGUGAACAGGAUUUUACCUACAGGUUCGUUUGCCUGGUUUCGUUAUAACACCUGCAAUAUUCAGC